AUGACGAACACCAGCGCGACAACUGAACCAAACAAGAAAACUGUUGCUGCUGCUGCUAACCAAUGUCUCGAAUCAUUCAACAAAUGCCUCUCGCGAGAAUCGUCUAUCCACCCCAGAGAAUUUUCUCUGGUGGAGGAUCAAGUCGCCAGAUUUUCUACCUGGACUAGUGGGAUUGGAGUCUUUGCUCUUGGGCGAGCAUCUAUGGAUCACCGGCUUCGAUACGCUCCUGAGGUGCAAAGUAUCACUAUAAGCUUGUUAGAAUCAUUAAACUAUCGCAUUCAAAAGCUCUUGGAACUCCUUCAUAGCCAUGCAAAUAGUCCAGAAACACACAUCUCAAGCGUUCUUGACGAAAGGCUGGAAAAGCUUUUGGGCUAUGUUGCUACCGAGAUCAGUCAUCUCAACAAAAUGUCAAACAUCAUUCGAAAAGCUAGCCAAGACUCUCAAAAUGUUCAAGCCAGAGACUUUCACAUGAUAGACGAGGAAGGAAAUGAUGUUCAGCCAAUACUGUUGAGUCACUACAAACACUAUAUCGGUGAUGGUUUUCCCACAGCUAGCGAGAGUAUUCAACAGAGACUUGCUGACGCAAUGAUUCUUCGCCGGAAGCGUAUUUUGUAUAGGAGAUCCCGUUAUGGAGGCACUGCUAUCCAGCUACCAAAGGUGGAAAACAAAGUCUCCAUCACAUUGCCAGAUUCCCUUCUACAAUUAGAAGAUAACCAGAAGGCUAUUGCACCCUCUCGGAUCAAAAGUGCAACAACUCUACAGCCCGAAAAGUUCAAAAUGGUUACUUCAAGCCCAUCCGUCGUUUCAACCACCAUGACUGUAGCGUUAGGCAACCAUGAAGCCCUCAAGUUUCCAGCAGCGCCUGGGCUCCAUGCCAAGAGAAAAUACGAACAGUUUAAGGCAGAGCAGCUGGCGGCUCAUCAAGCUAUGCUCGGAAAAGCCGAUGAGCCAAGCUCUGCCGCCGACCCAAUCCUCGACGAUGCUAUUAAUAUGAGAGAUGCGAAAAGGAGAUUAUCCACAGAGGAACAGCUCAGCAAAGUUUUCAAGCCAGAUGUUCCGGCUAUAGGGGAAGUCACAUGUCCAUAUUGCUUUUAUACGCUUUCUCUUGAAGAGGUAUUCAAUGAGAAAAAAUGGCAAAAUCAUGUAAAAAAUGACCUGGACCCAUAUGUAUGCCUCUUUGAAGAGUGCAGUGAGCCAGAUGAGCUUUACAAGCAUAGCGAAAAAUGGCUCAGCCAUAUGCAUCAACACAUUCAACGCUGGCGCUGCCCAUCGCAUCGUGAACUGGGCCUGUUUCCAACAUGUGAUAGUUACAUGCAACAUAUGCGGGACGUUCACGACAGCAAACUUAACGACAGCAAGCUUCGCUCCUUGGCAAACAGAAACGCUCGCAGCUUAACAAAGCUAUUCAUGUCAUGCCCUCUUUGUGGUAAAGACGAGUCUGAAAUCGAUACCCGUCUAACGGAUCACAUAACUGGCCACUUGAGAUCGCUUGCCAUCAUAUCACUUCCAAUCCACUACGACGAGGAUAUUCUAGGCGACGUUGGAAGUGACAAAAAUGGAUCCAACAGCUCACAACCGCGAAGUAGAAGCACGAUUAAUCUUUUAGAUGAUGAGGACAUUCUUAUAAUCCAGUCGGCUGUUGAUGGGAGCUUGGACGAUAUAGCUGAGCCAUCAGCCGCAGUCGAUGCUGCGGCUAGCGACGAAGACUUUGUGGAUAUGCUCUUCCAGCAAGACAAUACCCACAUUGACUUGGUUCAGCAUUCAGAGCAUGUCAGGGUUAACAAAACCGAGAUAAUCUCCUCUCCAGAAUCGAGUGACGGACAAAACAGUACACAAAGUACCAUCCAGUUCGAAUAUGAGGCCAACUCUAGGCAUGACAUGGAUUCUGACGACAUAGACAUGUCGAACCCCCAACUCGAACAAGAACACGCUCCGCAGGAGGAUAGUAGUGACGUUGCUGGCCCAUCAAAUGAACAAUACAUGACUUCGAAAGAGUCGCAAUGCUGGGAGUGUCAACGCCGCGGUACGCUAUGUGACGGCAAGAUUCCGGUCUGUGAUAACUGCAGCGAAGCCGGUAUGGUCUGUCCUGGCUACGGCAAUGCCAAGCCGCCCAUGUGGCUGCCCAUGUGGCUGCCCACGAGCAAAGUAUCGGGGCUUAAAAAAGCCGAGAGCUCAAGUGGUUCGUCUUCUAACAGAUCAGACUUAGGUAGAUCCGAUAUUGGCAAUAGACAAGAGAUGUCUAGGUAUGCACACCUUUCCAAAGGCGAUCCGUUUGUUGAUAAUCCUCUUUCUAGUCUUCAUCCUAUCUCUAGUGAUAGCGUUGUCGGUAACGACUUCAUGGCUGAGGCCGAGAGAGAGCCGCUGGAUUCUCAGCCAAAGCGAAGGCCGACAGCUAAUCAGUUACAGCAGAUUGUUCUUCAGACAAUCAUGCAAAGAAAUACACCGCCAAUGGACGGCAAAACAUGGCACUCAAGCUUUUCUGAAGCAUAUAGCCAAACUAUGGCAAAUAAAACAAUGGACUUUUUGAAAAAGCGUCAGGCAAACGAUCCUGAAGCUCAAAUUCAUUGUAUUACUGAAGCUCAAGCUCACGCCUUGGCCCAGAUGGGUAGAGGCAUGGCUACGUCGCAGAAUCCAAUUAUAGAUACCUCAAGCACCCCCGUUACAAGUUCUGAUAAUAUCAGUUCCAAGGUGCCACAGGACAUGGGGCAAGCUGGCGUCCAAUUUAGUGACCAGCAAUUUCACCAAGGAGUUCAAAAGCCCAAUCACACCGCAUUCAAUGCUAUGCUCGCCAACAUGACCCCAGAACAAAGGCAGGCCAUCAAUGAUCUCCCCAAGGAGAAGCUCAUUGAGGUUCUGCGGCGGUGGCAGAGCCACCGCCAGGAUCAUAUGCAAGCAAUGGAUAGAAACUCGAUGAUACAGCCACAGAUGACCAGCCAACCUCAGACCAUCCGGCAAGAGACUACCGCUGGUGUAGGCAACCAACAACAGCCUCAGGCGGAGCCUAUGGCACCGCCUCGAGGCCCCCAGGUUGAGCUUUCAUCGGCGGAUUUACCACACAAUGUCAACACCCAGAGUACUGUGGAUAGAUCUAUGGUAAGCUACGUGGAGGAUGCUGACGAGGACACUGGCAGCACCGUCGACGUGGUACUUGAUCGCCGAUUCAACGCCAUGGAUCAAUUAUUGGAGAAACAUGACAACGCCAUGCAUCAAUUAUUCGAGAAACAUGACAAAGAAAUGAACAGAAUCCUUGAUACUUUUGGCCGGAAGCUUAAAGAAACAACCCAUCCAGAACGCAUUCGAAGAUCCCAAGACCAAUACGACAGGUCCAGGAGCCCUCGACCUAACAUUAACAAACGUAUGGUAGCCUAUGUGGAGGAUGUUGACGAGGACGCUGGCAGCACCAUCGGCAUGGAGAGCACUCGACGAUACGCCAGAUCACCGCCCCCAAGGAGCCCUGAGCAAUUCAAUAUCAGCAAGAUCAGAAUGCCAGAGCCUGACUCCGAUGAUGAGAUAGCCUCGAGCAUCAGAAGCCACUCUCCUUACUCUGACAGCACACCCGCACCAUAUCGAAACCGCCAUCACGACCCUCAGGAUUCUCAAGAGCCUCAUGCUCGUGCUCCACCUGAUCCUGCAGUCUUCGCUCGACCCAUUGAAGACGACGACGGCGAAGGAGACCACGAAAAGCCCCGACUUCGACCAAAGAAUAGAGACUCGAGGGAUUCAAGGGAUCCAAAAGACUUAAGUAAUCCCAGGGGCCCUAAGAAGGCACAACACAACCCAACUAAGCAUGCUAUCACUCAGCCCGUCGUCUCUCAGCGUAGUCACCGAAGAGGCCAGUUUGAAGAUCCCGCUGCGUAUGGAGUCCAGCAGGCUCAGCAGCUCCAGCAGCCCGCUGCCUCUGGCCGGCCUCGUGCCAAAUAUCGUCCUGCAAGCUACUACGCCGGACAGCCCCCACGGCCCCCUCUGGACAUGGUCUGGCCUAGGCCUCAUUCUCCCAUUCCUCCCCCUCCUAGGGCGUUUGGCAUGGGCAACUUCCCGCCGCCUAGCAAUCCCGCACCUAUGAAUCGCGAUGAGGCGCUUAGGCUGAGGUCGAGGUGCUCCGUUUGGAGUUGCGAAGAGCCCAUAUUUGCAGAAUCUCUCUGCUCUCAUCACUAUGCCCCCCAAUUCGCUCCUAGGGCUCCUGGUUCUGAAGCAAUUCAAUCCGUACAUAUGCCACAGAAGACUCGCCGCUCUCUUGGACGAACCGCGGCUGGUCCCCCAAUGCAUCCUGGUCCUCAGUCUCCCAUGGAUACAGGCCCGCCUCCUUUCUUUGGUGAUCCUAGCCCCACGGGACCGUCAGAAGUACUUCAGGUAUCAGAUCAAGAGAUGAUGCAUAUUCGCAAUCAGAAGCCUACGUCAAUCAUGAACGCUACUGGCGGUUUCCAGUCUGGCGACGAGCAGAUUGUCGUCACCGAGACUGCCUCUGCCGCUUCGGACUAUGAAGCUUCUUCCUCCAUGCCUACCUCCACCAAUCGCAGCGAUCGCAAGCAGCCGCUGGCCGAGGACCCUUCCAGGACCAUUAUCUGUGAUCGCUGCAACCAACGCUUCCACGGCCAAAAAUCCCUCAACCGACACUACCAUACUGUCCACACCCAAAGGGAGGCUUUUGAGUGCAGUGAGUGUGGUAAGAGUUUCUCUCGCAGAGAUAACUUGGCUCGACAUGCUCGCAUCCAUACUGGCGGUGCUAUCGUCAAGAACCGCAUCGAGGACCCAAUCCCGCAAUAUGGUUCUCCAGAUAAAGAGGACUAA